CGUUUGUCAAUGCAUUCCUGAAUUUGUGACUUAUUUUAACUUAGAGUUAACAUAGAGUUUUAAUGGUGCCACCGGUGCAAGAUGUUUAGCGUGUAGGUGGACUGCGUGUUAGAAGUCCUCGUGCAAAUUGACGACAAAGACAGGAACUUCUGGAACAUUAAAUAAUCGUGUUAUCUGGACGACUUCAGGAAAAGAGCUUAUCAAAAAAAAAACUUGGUGCAUGAGGGUAGACUGAGGUAAGAAGUGACUGACGGUUAGGUACAGUCGUGACAGCUCAGAGGUGAUGUAGGUGCAGGAAAGUAAGGGACUCACACCUGUCUCCGGUGCGUGUUUUCUAUCAUCGGGCGGAGCUAAAGUAAAAGCCGGAUCAGGUUGCUCCUGUGUGUCCUGGUUACAUCUCCUCCACUGGUUCAACUGCUUUACCAGCUUAGAGUUUCACUCUUAUCAGCUGGCUCACAUGUCCGGCCGCUGACUCCCAGAGGUCCUCUUCUCUGGGACAAAGCAGCAAAACAGAUGGAGGAUCGGUUUAUCUGUGGCACAAUCUUAUCAGGACCAGUGGCAGGGAGGAAACACUCCUGAUGAGUAGAAAUAAUGUCUUUGCCCAAAUCAGAGAACGCCUCCAGCCUGGAGAACGCCAUGCAACUCAUGAUCCAGACCUUCCAUAAGUACUCUGGAAACGAGGGGGACAAAUAUACGCUGAGCAAGACUGAGCUCAAAGAGAUGCUUACCGCAGAGCUCGGCAACUACCUGGGGAAUGCCCAGGAUAAGGAGGCAGUGGACAAGGUUAUGGGAGACCUGGAUUCCAACAAUGACGGAGAGGUCGACUUCACCGAGUUCAUCAUACUGGUCGGAGCCCUCACCGUAGCCUGCAACGACUUCUUCCUGGACUUCAAUGACAAGGAAGAGAAGAAGAAGUGAACGGCCUCGGCACGAAGACGCCCAUUCUGCUAACCUGCAAGGUCCAGGGAGGAAACAGUUUGGACAGGAGAGAGGGAACAUCCUGUCGUGGACGUCAUGGGCGUCACAUGCCACAAAUACACAUGCAAGCACACACACACACACACACACACACUAACACACACACAACCACGCGCACACACACACACAGUGGGUGUUUGUGUAUUUGUUUGCUAUUACCCAUCAAUCCAUUAAAAGCUGUAUCUUUCGCAAUGUGAAAACCUGGAGAGUUUAAGUUUGUUUCAGCACCUGUCAUUGUUGAAUAUGUGAACACAUCUCUGUCUUUCUCUCUUCAUGUUAUUUUGUAACACAUUCAAACUGAAGGAAUUCCCCCCUGGACAGAAUAAACGUGACCUUUUCUCAAACAA